UCUCACGACGUGGCUACUAAAACUAAUACUAACUUCUUCUAUUAAGAGGACUGAGAUGUGAGUCAGUCGCCCACCAUGAUGUCCUCUUCCUCAUCGCGUGAAAGGAAGCACGGACGGGGAGGCAACUACGCUCAGGUGGCCGCAAGAGCAGGGGAUGAAGACGUUGAUGUUGGAGGUGGUGAAGAAAUUUUAUGGCUUAAGUAAACUAACUGAACUAAACCAACAACAGCACUAAACUGAUUGAGCUAAACGCUGAGUAAAGUCCAAGUAGCUAACUACAGCGACGUAGUUCGUUCCAGUUGAAUUAAAUAAAAGUAGAAGCUAAGAACAGCGUAAGUUGUACAUAGAGACUUUUUUUUUACUCUAGUACACCUCGUACUUCUCCUGUUUCUUCACGCUAAGGUCUUCCCAAGAACACGAGGAUGGUGAAGCAACAAGAGCUUUACUGACAGGGCGGACGCGGCGAGGUCGACUCAGUAAACGAAUCGUAAGCAAACAUGUUGGACUCGACGAAGAUGACGAACCACUCCUGGAGUCUUCGACUGAACAACAAGACGACGUAAGUCUUCCAAUACAGACAUCGAAAACCACGAGUACAUCCUGUACUACAGGAGCAAGUAGGACAAGCACUGCGAACAAGAAUAAGAAAGCGCAUCCACAUAGAGCAG